AUUAUAGACCUUAUGAAGAUUAAGAGUGAAUUAAUGCAAAUGCCUUGGGUGAUGCCUAAAAUUAUUAUAUGUGGAGCUUGCGAAUAUUAAGACCGAACAUAUGUAUGUUAAUAUACACAUAAACAAAUACGGAAACUGGUUAGCUAAGACUGUUGUUGGUGAUAUGAAAUAUUUCGAAUAAAGUGAAAUUUUUUUUAAUUAACUUAAAAACAAUCAUGUAUUCAGAAUGGGUUUCUCUAUCAACCCAAAUUGCCGCCAACAGUUGUGGGGCACAGUGUUACAGUGUUUUAAAUAAAUUUCCAGCUUCUGCUGGUCGAGAAGUGGCUGUUUCUGUUGUUAAGCAGCUGGCCACUAAUUUAGGCAUAACUCAAAAUGCUGAGCCGAGUCAUUUGGUCAAGGAUGAGGAGGUCAAAUGGUGCAUGGAUGUAGUGUGCUUUGGACUCUCACUUCCCCUGCAUGAGCACGAAACCAUUAAAGAUUGUGUAAACGUGUACUGCGAAUGGUUAACUGCUCUGCACCCUCAGCCGCGUAUUAGCGUUCCCAAGCCUAUAUGCGAAGACGCCAAUUUAUACGCCCGACAAAUAAUUAACCAUUUUCAUAACCUCUUCGUGCCGCGUCAGGGUGAAUGUUCCGAUAUCAUCAAGCGGCAAACUGUGCUUUGUCACCGCGUUUUACGCACAUUACAGCAGACAGCACAGAUCUCAACGCAAAUGGAUCGUCAGACUUGGGAAACGCUGCUGCUAUUUCUGCUAGCCAUCAAUGAAAUCCUACUAGCCCCUCCUGCUGUCAGAGAUGACGUGGGAGAUCAGCUGUGUGAGCGCGUAAUCUCAGUGCUCUUCGAGGUGUGGUUAUUAGCUUGUGUACGCUGCUUUCCUUCGCCGUCAUUGUGGAAAACGCUACAGGAAGCGUGCUCAUUCUGGCGCCAUCGGAUUGCUUUGGCAGACCAAUGGAAUCGUGUUAACAUGGCAUUAACCGCCCGACUACUUAAAUUUAGCUAUGGACCUACCUUCCCGCAAAUAAAAAUAGCCGAAGAAGAUGCUCAACUCAUACCAGCAGCUAUGUCAAACGAUUGCGUUGCCCAAACUUGGUAUCGCUUUUCACGUAUUAUUGGCAGUCCAACAGCGUUGUGCUCGCCACAUGGCAUAAGUAAAUCACCUCAUUUCGUACAGUGGGCUCUUACUCUUGAAAAAGGCACUGAGACGCAUCAGCAUCCCUGCUUGCAACUCCUACCACAAAUCUUUCUAAGUACGAUGAAGGGCGUCUCCACCCAGAUUGAUGCUUUUCUUGGUUUAGGUAAAACUACCUUAAAUACUGCAUUAAUACCAACGUCGGAUCAACCCGCCGUUAGCACAACAAUCUCAUCAACUUCCAUGAUGGCCCGCCCCCUAUUAGCGAUUUCGCGGCCCAAAAGCAAUAGUAUUUUGCAUUUAUUUGGAGAAUGGCUGUUCGAAGCAGCACAUAUAGGUGGCGAUACAUGGCUGUCGAAUCGAAAUAAACAAGUGUCUGAAGACAACAAAAGACCGUCAUCCAUGGUUAUGGAUCAUCGUAAAGGAUCAAUCUCGUUAUCCCAACCAAAUUCCCUUAAUGAUGCAUCGUCCCUACCACAUACAUUAACUAUUGAUAAAUUCGAGUCCGGGCGUGCUGUUGCCAUUGGUACUUUGUGUAAGAUCUUUAGCUCAAAAAAGGCCGGUGAAGAUAUUUUGCCAGUUUAUUUGGCGCGGUUCUACAUUGCGUUGCAGCAGUGCCUGAAGAUUACAGAGUCCCAGGAGUGCGACGAAAUUUUGGCGAGUAUUUUGUUUUACUCUGCAGAUUUAUUUCGCUUAGAUCUGGAUGGCAUCAACGUGCUGCUUCCUGGCUUUGUAGCCGCGCUUGAAACAGUUCUACCCGACAAGGACUUACAGCUUAAGACUCACGCCAUGAUCUUCAAUAAGACUGAGCUACGUCGAUCAGCUAUCAACAUACUGCUGUCUAUUUUAGUAUUACCCUUGCAUUAUCAAAUGGUGCCAAUACGUGAUUUGACAACGGGACCAAACGAAAAAUUUUUUACCUUCAUACAACUUCGAGGACGGCUAAUUAACAUACUAAUGAACGCGCUACAGGUGGAGACCGAUUCUCAAAACAUCCAUAUGAUGCUUGGGGGCUUAAUGCUUUUGGUACAGGAUUCUGUUACAUUCGAAGAGACUGAAAUUGGUGAUUCGGAGAAUUUCCAAUGUACCAGCGGUACGCAACAGCAGAAAUUAAAUUCUUCUAGCUCUGUUGCAGACAAUGCUCAUGGCCUGUUUGUGCGCGCUUCGUAUUUGGUAUGUCACCGUUUAAUCUCAUCAUGGAGGAGCGACUUGAAUGUUUCUCUGGCUGCAUUGGAGUUAUUAGCAGGCUUGGCCCGUAUCCAUAUACGCAAUACAGACGCUUUAGAGUGCAAGCGUGUGGUUAAGUGGAUCUGCGACUAUAUAUGUUAUCAGUGCUCGCGCCCUCCACCGGCACACAGUAAAGAUCUACAUAGCACCAUAGUGGCAGCAUUCCAGUGUACUGCAGCUUGGCUUAUUCAGCACCCAUAUUUACUGCAACACAAGGACUGCCUGCAAACGGUGUUGGAGGUUGUUGAGCUCGGUAUAUCUGGUACAAAGAGUCAAUGUAAGACUGAAGAUAAACCAAGAUUUAAGGAUGAAAAAGAGCUUAAACCGGCAUCUAUGCGAGUGCGCGAUGCAGCAGAGAAUCUGUUAACAAUAAUACUUGAGCAAGUUGGCUACUUCCCUAGCGAGUGCGGAUUUGAGUCAAUAUCUUCUUUGUUGGACGAGUUGGCGCUUAUCAAACAUUGCAACUCGCUUCCAGUUGGGGAUAAUGCGGGUGUCUGCAACCUAGAGCAAGCAAUUCCGAAGUUUAAAUAUUUCGUUACUGAAAAUUCGACAAUACUGGCGCUGUUAGAAGAACCAUUAGGCAAUGAUCAAGACCCGCAACCGACAAUCACGUUGCUCAUCCGUGGACCAUUUGGACGUCAUGCAUGGACAAUGCAAUUGCGACACCUGCCUCGCAGCAAGUCUGGCAUAAAAAAUAACGCAAUUAAUCCUGGCCGUCCGAUUCCCAUGAAUGACAUUACACAGCGGCCUGAAUGUGAUCAGAAAAACUAUCCGGAUGGCGUCAACAAGAUAACUCCUUGUGUCGCCGACUAUUCUAUACCGCUCAUCGAGCAAAUCUGUAAACAGUAUGGUGUCAAAAGCAUACAAGAGCUGGAAUCUAUUUUGGAACAUCAGAGCAUUCACGAAAAAUUGGCUUGGGCUGAAUCUGAUAACAGCGAAGACAGUCUCUCCCACGCACAGGAGUGCAGCCCACCUACUGUUUGCCAGGAGUUUCACGCAGCUCGUCUAUUUCUAUCGCACUUCGGCUUUCUGAGCUUUGAGACCAGAAAUCCAAGCAGCCCAGCAGAGGCAUUGGGAACAUCCUCACAACGUCCGCUUACCGUACUCAGCACGGGCCAGAGUGGCUUCGCAGAGGAUCUCAAGGCUCUGGAUAAUCUAAGCGCACGUACGCACGAUACAGUGCAUGUGUUCUACGUUAAGUCGGGGCAGAUGAAUGCACAGCAUAUUAUAGGCAACAUGACGGAACCGAACUCACUAGACACGCACUUUGGGAAUAUGUUGCAAUCGCUGGGUUGGCCAGUGGUCGUGACGGAACACUCUGGUUGGACAGGAUUUACAAAUAGGUCGAGAUCAGUAAAAAAAAUUGCCGACACAGGCGAGCCGCAGCGAAGCAACGAUAAAAACUAUAGCGGACAACAGCGUGUUCUCUACUGGGCUGAUGUUUCAUCUGAGAUAGCUUUCGUUGCGCCAACGGCCUGGAAUAUGCGGUUCACUGAUGAAACAGAAAAUUGCAAUGACAAUAAAGCUGCGGAAAAUAUUUGGAUGCGCGGCAACAACAGCUUGCCCACAUCUAAGCAGAACAAUUUUUCUUUAGAGUCGGACACGAAAAACAAAGAGCCCAUGCCGCCGACCCGUCGCAGGGCAAUCGCUUCAAAGCCUUCGGUUGUAGCGCAGACGCCUCCGAUAAUUUUCUUAGUAUGGCUGGAGAGUUUCGAGGAUCACUUAAAUUUUCCUUUGCAGGAUCUCUUACCGUACACAAGUACUGGCGAAGAGCAACAGACAAAAGUGUCUGAUUGCCAUAUCAUAUUUCUUCACACGCUCAAUUCAGGUUUGUUGCGUGUGAAGCUGCAAGGACCACCAGGUCGUCUUAAUUUUGCCAUACCUUUGGUUGAUGGCAUGGUGCUCAGUCGACGUGUUGCUGGUAAUUUAGUUCGACAAACAGCAUUAAACAUGUCCCGUAGACGACGGUUAGAUAAUGAUAGCUACCAACCACCACAUGUGCGACGGCGUCUUAAGGUGCAGGAUAUUACGCAAAAGUACAAAAUGGACUUUAGCGAAGCUGAGAUCCUGGCACAUUUAUUUGAACACACAAUAUAGCUGAUAUAUUUCUGAUUUAAGCCCCUUUUUUAAAUUAGCUCUUAAUCUGCAUUUUAAAAGUGCUUAGCUCAAAAAAAAAUAAAAUAAACAAAAUAUUUAUUUCUUU